CUAACACAUAACAAGUGUAUUCCAUGUUAAAAACAAUCAAUUAAAUUAUAUGUUAAUAUGAAGUGGUUAAAAUCGUGUUUUGUAUAUUUGUUAGUUAUAUUCCCUUCUAAAGCAGCAGCUCUAAAUGGAUCCACUUUUGUUUACACAUAUGCAAUGGCAAUGCAAUGCAAAGAGCACUUCUGCCAGGAGGGCUACAGCUACAGCCAGUUCUAUGAGGUGGAUAGCGAGGACACCAAGCACAGUACAUCUACGACUGACUACCUACUGGAGAUGCAUAUAGCGAUACAGGCGGUAAACAACGGGCACAUAUUGCUAUCAUCUAAGCCGUACCCGACGAUAAAUGAUUCCGUAUAUGAAAUAGUGGUCGGCGGAGGCAGUAACAGAUUCACCGAGCUGCGACGCAAUCUGAAACGUAACGCCAAGGCGUCGAAGGCGACAAGCGGAAUACUGUCUGCCAUCGAGCUUCGGGGAUUCGUAAUUAGGGUCUCUAGAGGAUCGUACCCUGUAGGUCGCUUGAUAGAGUUUGGCGAGGAAGGUGCCACUCUUCCAAUCCUCAGUUACCUAGAUAUGAACCCUAUCGACAUAAGAUACUUUAGUUUCGCUGCUUGGGCUGGUGUAGACGCUAAAUUCUUGUACGACUGCCCAGCAGUAGGAGACAUGACUAACCAAACGCUCCCUCACUCGAAGGCCGUUGAAAGGAAACUGUCCAAUUCUGAUCGUCUAAAAAAGGAGAUGUUACAAGACAGACCACCGCAUAUGGCACCGGGACCCAGCGUGCCGGUCAAUUUGAGCGUCCUCAUCUCGGGAAUCACAUACGACGCUCUAGAAGCAAAACUUAUUACAAGAAUGACGAUACUUACUAUUUGGAAGGACGAGACCCUUUCAUGGAACCCCGACAAGUUCAAUAAUAUUACUAGCGUGACAUACCGACAAGGGCAAGUUUGGAGGCCGAUAUUUCAUAUUUUCAAUUCAGAUAGCCUUGAUGCUCUUCAGACCACCGGCCAUGAAGAAGUCAAUAUGCUUUAUAGCGGUGAAGCAUCCUUCCAUUUCAAAGCCACCGUGGAUACUUGGUGUUACACAGAGUCUUCUGAUAUAAAUUGGCCACGCGACAAAUAUAAUUGCACUAUCGUUGUACAGCCUUGGGAAGCACACGAAAAGAUAACAUUAUCAGCGAUCACUAAAGCUACACCCAUCAUAAAGUCAUUUUCAGAUUACGACGAGUGGGCGGAGAACGAAUGGCAGAUACUAAGCUGGAGUCAGACGGUGGUUGCUUCCGACGUAUGGGACCUGCUGUAUCCCACGCAGAACAACGCUACACACAGGAGCGAUCGUCUCGUGAUACAAGUCGAAAUACAGAGGCAUGCCACUACUUACAAUAUCGUAUUCUAUACACCACUAAUCGUGCUAAUGGUUUUCGUACUGAUGUCGUUUUGGAGUGAGCAACUGAAAAUGUCCAGGGUGUGGUUCUAUGCAGGUGCAUCUAUAGUCAUAUGUACGGGACUUUGCUAUAUCGAUUACGUGAUGCCUUGCCACAUAGUGCCAAGUAUAUUGACUCUCUACAUAACAGUACUUGAUGCGAUAUUGGGUGCGCUCGUGCUUCAAGUAUUUCUAAUGACACCUAUCGCAGAAAAACUCUGCAAAACAAUGGUGAUGCAAAAUAUAUUGUCUUCAAAAUACUUCAGAUCAUUAUAUUGCCUCCCUGUGUUGAUGGUAUGCAGAAACUACAAUUCGAUUAACGAAGGAUUCUUAUCUCAAGAAGAUGAUAGUGCCAUGCCAACACCUGGAAACGGAAAUAUAGAAGAAAUGCAAGAAGUAAACAACAAAUUCUGUGAAAAGGAAGAGCUAGCCGAAGCUGUUGAUAAGACAUUAUUUGCAGUUUACUCUAUACUAUUUGCUGUACUGCUUGCAUUGCAUUAUUAAAAAAAUCAACUUUAAAUAGUUUCUUUUUAUUUAUUU